AAGACAGCUGUUUUCAUAUAAAAAAAAUGAUGGACCAGCAACAUUUUCUAUACCAAAUAGCAAAUACAUUAUUUUGUCUAGGUUAUCUCUUACAAUUUUCAACGCCUAAGGUUAUGACUGUCAUGAGGGCAUUUUUUAUGUUUGGUUAUUUGAUAUACUGUUAUUGGUCCUGGAACAUCAUAUGUUCUUCUCACCUCUUUGCUUGGAAUUUCGUAUUUGUGCUCAUAAAUCUUUCCCAGAUGUUAUAUGCUUUUUAUAAAGCGGGACCUCUCAAGUUGGGUAAGGGACUCUGCUCAUUUUACGACACCAAACUUCGACCUUUGCAAGUCGAUGUAACGUGGUUUCAAAAGUUCGGAAAUCCUCACAGCUGUUACACAAAACAGUUGAAACCCGGCGAAACCUAUGCCCUGAGAAAUUUCACCGUUAACGAUAAGCUAUCCAUAUUACUAACCGGAAGAGCGACAGCGUUCGAUCAAGAUAAUAAGCUUUUGUAUCAUAUCUAUCCUUGCGAAUUUCUAGAUUCCGCGGAAUACCAAUCGGUUAAAAGAUGCGGCGAUGACAAAUUUCAGGUUAGUAUAUUCGCGACUCAGAGAGACACGAGUUAUGUUUGUUGGGACAGGAAAGCGGUAGAACAUCAUUUCAUGGUCAAUAAAUUAUCGGAGGUGGCUUUCAAUUUUGUGAUGAAUAGGGACGUAGUGGAUAAACUAUACAGAUUAAACGAAUCGUGUUACAAACGGCAUUCAAAAUCAUUAGACUUAAGCAAGGAUUACCUGUCUCCCCCUUUUCCUUUGGAUUUGAGAAUUCAGCUGUUGACAUCCUUGACUUCGUCAUCAGGGGAUUUGAAGAAUAUCUCAUUAACUACGAAAGUGAAUGACAGAUGUACUAAAUAG